UACUGCUUUAGUCACACCCAUAGAAGGAAUCCAGUCCAUGGAACCUGUGAUGGGAGCAAGAGUAUGGUUUUGCAACCUUGGGAAAAUCAUUCUGAAUCUAUUUCUCUGUCUAAAAUUGGAACCACCUCAUCAGGCCAAUGGAGCAGUGAAUGAAAACAUGAAAAUGAUUGUGUACUGCCUAGCAUGGUUCAUGAAUCCAAUAACAUGGGGAGAGAAGUCCAGCAGGCACGGGGCUUGUACUAUCAGGAGGCAUCUAUCACACAGUUCAAGCAAACUUGGCAGCUCCGUGGAAUCCACUGAACGCAAGGCCUUCAUGCUAGUGGGGGAGGAAGGCGGCAGGAGCAUUUGCCACUCAAAAGGCAAAGGUGCUCAAGACCUGUGGAAUGCAUGCACCUACCCUCCUGGACUCUCCACCUACGGGUCACACUGGCCAGCAGGUGGAGCUGCUGGUUCACCUCCUUGUCAGAGUCCGUGUAACCUGGGAAGGCCAGCUGGACAGGAGUUAGAAUCCUGUUUGAGUCAGGUCUUGAGCCAUUCUCUCCACAUGUUAUGGUCAAGCACCCAGUCUUCUAGUCGGCACUGUCCCUGGCUAAGCUUUGUCUAUAUAUGCUUUGACCUGUGCAGAGCAACCCUUACUUGCGCAUGCUCAGACUUGCUUAAUGGCGACUCCCUGGCAGAAAUCUUGUGUCAUGCAGAGAGUGAUAGGGGAGUGUGGGUGCAGUUUGUUGGGAAGAUUGCGUGAGUCUCAAACGAGGUUUUA